AUGGCCCGGGACAGCACGGAGAGCCGCUUCCAGGAGGUGCUGGGCCGCUUCGGAGGACCGCAACACGUGCAGCUAGUGGGAGAACUGUGGGAGCGGGCGGAGAGCCGGGCUCUGCUAGACGCAUUCCUCAGGGAGAUUUUCCCGGCUGAGCUGCCUCCUGAGGACGAUACACUGAGGAAAGCUGCUGGUGGGAAGACGGCACUCCAGUGUGAGCGGAGCCCGGAGCCUGGCGGGGACGGACCCCAGUGUGAGGGGAGCCCCGAGCCUGGACCCCGGUGUGAGGGGAGCCCCGAGCCUGGCGGGGACGGACCCCGGUGUGAGGGGAGCCCCGAGCCUGGCGGGGACGGACCCCGGUGUGAGGGGAGCCCCGAGCCUGGCGGGGACGGACCCCGGUGUGAGAGGAGCACGGAGCCUGGCGGGGACGGACACCUAUGUGAAGGGAAUCCGCAGCGCGGAGCCCAGAAACACGAGAACCAGACUGCCCUCACCACAAGCCCCGCCCCUCAGCCUAAACCCGAGCGGCGCUUACGUUUCGGAUUGGUGUUCUUCCUGUGCCGGGCGGAGUCUUUAGGAAUGAGAGGAGCGAGCCGUCAGCUGCGGGAGAUCCUGCGGGACGUGCGGGAGCGGAUGGCGGCAGGUGGCGCUGUAGUCGGAGUGAUUAUGAAGGCGAGGAGUGCGGUCAAUGGGCAGGAGAUGGAGGUGAUGUGUGAGGACGGCAGUGGGGGCUCUGAGGUCUCCGCUUUGCUGGCCAUCCUGCAGGCCGUGUUCCCUGUGAAGAGUCGGGGGAAGCUGUGCUCAGAGGUCCGAGCCUGUGUUCUCAUCCCCGGACAGGAGGAGUCCAGGAGGGAGAUCCAGAGACUGGCCUGCGAGGCGCUCACAGCGGCAGAUGAGCUCAGGAAACUAAAGCCCAAAAUGAAGUCCCGAUGUUUCUCAUGGAGGAGAAGGAGAUGGAAGGACUGUGUGGAAAAGGAGUUUUCAAGAAGGAACAGCGCUGACUGUGUUGCAGUAUCCUAAUGGAGAUUGUGCUGAGACGACUGAUGUCUAG